GGAGGGACCCAUGAGAGUAUGUCUGAGGGUAGGAGGAACCCUAUAGAGAGUGUCUGAGGGUAGGAGGGACCCUAGAAAAGGCAAUGGGAGGGAUCUGAAAUUAUUUUCUGAUCUUGUCUGAUAAUUGUCUAUUCAAAAAUAGUCUUCAGUGAGUGAUGUUGCCUCACACCCAAGACCUUCAGGGCAAUUUGAUCAUUUGCAAACCAGACUGUGAUGCCGUAUCGCAGGAUUCUCUCUAUGACCUCAUUUUCUGGUCAACUCCAAAUACCCUUAGUCUACGAAGGAAAUAGAGGCGUUGUUGGACUCUGAAGCAGACCCUGUUUACUUUGACCUUCCAGCUCAGCACCCAGGUACUUAUAUGAUCUACCCUGUGCUAUGUUGGCAUUGUGGACAACCAUAGACACGUGGUCACCGACUGACUUGGGGCUAGUUUUUCUAGCCUUAUUUUGUCACUAAAUGGAAGCAUUAAACUAAGGCAAUUACAGUCAAAGAGAGCCAACAACCCAGAGAUGGAUUAAAUGCAUUACACAUCCAUUUACAGUGGGGCAAAAAAGUAUUUAGUCAGCCACCAAUUGUGCAAGUUCUCCCACUUAAAAAUAUGAGCGAGGCCUGUAAUUUUCAUCAUAGGUACACUUCAACUAUGACAGACAAAAUGAGGAAAAGAAAUCCAGAAAAUCACAUUGUAGAAUUUUUAAUGAAUUUAUUUGCAAAUUAUGGUGGAAAAUGGUGGAAAAUGUUAACCUCAAACACAAAUAUCUCUCUCACACACACACGCACGCACGCACGCACGCACGCACACACACACACACACACACACACACACACACACACACACACACACACACACACAUACACACAGAGCUUUGUCAGGAGGAAGCUGACCAGAAGCAGUUAACCCACAUCAGUUUCCUUAUUAUCACUCUAUGGCAAGACUUCAAGAGGAGACAACAAACUUGUGAGGAUUUGACGAACGAGAAACUAAGGAAUUAUAUGUCUAAAGUCUACUAUCUUCCAGAUAGCUCAUAUUCUUUCACGGACCACGGUGAACAUGAACUCCUCCAGCAACUCUAGCUUGGACUCCACCUCCCGGGAAUCGGGCCGCCUGAUUUCGAGCACUGUCCUGGGGCUGUGCUGUGCGCUGGGCCUCCCUGGUAACAUAGCUGUCCUGGUGGUCAUCCUGCACUGCACGUCCCGACGCCCCAACUUCACCCUGUGCCUCAUGCUGAACCUGGCUUCCUCCGACAUCCUGUGCCUUACCACGGUGCCCGUGUGGAUCUAUACUCUCCGGCAAGGCUGGACUUUGGGCCGUGCUGCAUGCAAGUUAGCCACCUUCCUGCUCUACCUCAGCCUGUAUGCUAACGUGCUAACGGUUACUCUACUCGGUGUCCAGCGCUACCUCCAGGUCCUCUACCCGCAGAUGUGGAACAGGCUGGGGCGCAAGGGGGAGGUAGUGCUGCUCCUGGCCAUGUGGGGGCUCGCCUGUGCUCUGACUGCCCCCGCAGUUGCCACUCGCGAUGUGCGCGAUGGCGAGCUCAAGUGCCAGCGACACACGGGCUCCGAUGCUGAAAGAGUUGCUGUCCUCGUCUUGGAGACCCUUUUAGGGUUUGUGAUUCCGUUCUCUGUGCUGGUCACGUCCUACUGCCGCCUCCACCGGCGGGUGAACCAGACGGCGCUGUUCAGCAGUGCAAAGAUGACCCGGCUGGUGACCAGUGUGGUGGUCGCCUUCUUCAUCCUCUGGAUCCCUGUGCACAUUGUCAAUGUGGUGGACAUCGCCGGCAUUGUGCUGCAGACUUCCUGGCCAGAGGCAUCGGCAGCGCUGCUGAGACACAGAAGCGCAGCAGCGCGUGUCGUCCGGAGUUUUACGUUUUUUAACAGCUGCCUGGACCCCUUCCUGUACGCCUUUGCCUCGCGGAGGAUCCGUGAGCAGCCCAAGUCGUCGCCGAGGAGCGAAAGCAGGAUGCAGGUCACAAAUAUCUGAUGUAUGAAGCUGUGCUCUGCUGGUGUGACUAAAGGCAUGUGACUGGAAUGCCAACCCCUAAUUCUAACCCUCAGCCUACCCAUAAUCAAACCCCCCACCCUAAACUUAACAAGUCAGGGUACUCUCAAAAAUAAAUAGCUUUUUUUAGGUGUUCUUGACUUUGAUUUUAGAGCAGCCAAAUAAGAGUUCCAUUGGCCCUGCUAUUUUGUCCUCAACAAAACCUACAUUUUGGUUUGCUGACUGUAUAGGCUGUACUUUCUAGGUAUCCAUAGGUUAGCCUAGAUUUGUUAUUUCGGGGAUCUAUCGCCCUUCAAGCUUGACCUCCAUUGGUCAAAGCCUAAAUUGUAUUGCUUCUGUCAGCUUUCCCAUGAAUAAAUACAUAUGUUUGGUUACCAUGAGUAAGUUUCUCUUAUAGUACAUGUACUUCUGCUUUGGUUCAGAGGAGCUUCAAUUUACCAGUGUUUUGGAAUAUUUUGUCAUAUUUGUGAAGUUGCCUCAAUGUAUGUCAAAAUCAGGUAUUUUAGAAGAGAGCACAAUGGAAAAACACACUAGAUCCAUGCAACGACAUUUCUGCCUAAAUAGAUCAAUUAAAGCAUGCAUUUCAAACCUUUACCCCACUCUGAUGCCCAAUAUGGGUUUAAUCAUUUUAGUUUCAGUCUAUCCCGCAACAAGAAGUGAGCCUACUUGCCAACUUUUUAAAUUCUGAACCAAAUGAAGGUAGAACUUUUAUUUUUUACCUUUAUUUAGCCAGGCAAGUCAGUUAAGAACAAAUUCUUAUUUUCAAUGAUGGCCUGGGAACAAUGGGUUAACUGCCUGUUCAGCGUCAGAAUGACAGAUUUGUAGCUUGUCAGCUCAGUGGUUUGAACUUGCAACCUUCCAGUUACUAGUCCAACACUCUAACCACUAGGCUACCCUGCCAUAUGUCAGAUGUAAUAACACAUUUGGUAACCAGACAAACAACUUUAUCUGCACCCAAAGGAACAUGCCUUUAGGUUCAAAAUUAGAAAUAAAGCUUGAGAUUGACAAACUGUAGUUUAAAACAUUUUAUGAAACUAUAAACAGUUUUUUGGGGGUUAUGAUCAGGUGGUAAAAAUCGGUUCUGGGGAACUUGGAGAUUUUCAGAUGUAAGUGGUAUAUUUAUAAGUACAAAACUCAAAAUUCCUAACACGUAAUGCCCUCUAUCUUAUGUUCAGAACUUUUGAUUGUGAAUUCAUUGGGGUCUCACAGAACUUUAACUGUUGAGUCAUUCAAGCAAAAUCAAAUCUAACUUGCUUUUCUUUUUGAAGUGGUGAAUAGAAAGAAUAGUAGAUAGUAAAUAUAAUAUUCAAAUUAGAGUAGAGGGGUAAUAUCAUUUUCAAAUUAUAGUAGAGGGUAAAUAUCAUUUUCAAAUUAUAGUAGAGGGUGAAUAUCAUUUUCAAAUUGUAGUAGAGGGUUAAUAUCAUUUUCAAAUUAUAGUAGAGGGGUAAUAUCAUUUUCAAAUUAUAGUAGAGGGUAAAUAUCAUUUUCAAAUUAUAGUAGAGGGUAAAUAUCAUUUUCAAAUUAUAGUAGAGGGUAAAUAUCAUUUUCAAAUUAUAGUAGAGGGUAAAUAUCAUUUUCAAAUUAUAGUAGAGGGUAAAUAUCAUUUUCAAAUUAUAGUAGAGGGUUAAUAUCAUUUUGAAAUUAUAGUAGAGGGGUAAUAUCAUUUUCAAAUUAUAGUAGAGGGUAAAUAUCAUUUUCAAAUUAUAGUAGAGGGGUAAUAUCAUUUUCAAAUUAUAGUAGAGGGUAAAUAUAAUUUUCCACACAGUAUUUGACCAUCACCUAACAUGCACCAUGUUUUAAAUCAUUUGUAUCCAAUGGCAGGUUGUGAGCAGGUGUAACCGAUGUGAAAUGGCUAGCUAGUUAGCAGUUGUGCACGCUAAUAGCGUUUCAAUCAGUGACUUCACUCGCUCUGAGGCCUUGAAGUUGUUGUUCCCCUUGCUCUGCAAUGCUUUUGUGGCGCGAUGGGUAAUGAUGCUUUGUGGGUGACUGUGGGUCUGUGUGCAGAGGGUCCCUGGUUCGAGCCCAUGUUGGGGCGAGGAGACGGAAGCAAUACUGUUACACAUGUUCAGAAAUACAGCUACUUCGGAAAGUAUUCACACCCGUUAACUUCUUACACAGUUUUUUUCCAGCCUGAAUUUAAAAUAGAUUCAAUUAAGAUUUUGUGUCACUGGCCUACACACAAACUCCUGUAAUGUCAAAGUCAAAUAAUGUUCGAAGACAUUUUUACAAAUUAAUAAAAAGUGAAAGCUGAAUUGUCUUGAUUCAAUAAGUAUUCAGUCGCUACAAAGAUACAAGCGUCCUUCCGAACUUAGUUGCCGGAGAGGAAGGAAUUUCACCAUGAGGCCAAUGUUGACUUUAAAACAGUUACAGAGUUUAAUGGCUGUGAUUGGAGAAAUCGGAGGAUGGAUCAACAACAUUGUAGUUACUCCACAAUACUAAUCUAAUUGACAGAGUGAAAAGAAGGAAGUCUGUACAGAAUACAAAUAUUUCAAAACAUGCAUCCUGUUUGCCACAAGGCACAAAAAUAAUACCGCAAGAAAUGUGGCAAUUAAUUCUUUGUGCUGAAUACGAAGCAAAUCUAAUACAACACAUUACUGAGUACCACUCUCCACAUGUUCAAACAUAGUGGUAACUGCUUCAUGUUAUGGGUAUGCUUGUAAUCGUUAUGGACUAGGGAGUUUUUCAGGAUAAAAAAAUGGGAAUGGAGCCAAGCACAGGCAAAAUCCUAUAGGAAAACCUGGUUCAGUCUGCUUUCCACCAGACAUUGGGUAACAAAUUCACCUUUCAGCAGGACUAUAACCUAAAAUGAGGCAAAUCUACACUGGACUUGCUUACCAAGAACGCAGUAAAUGUUCCGGAGUG